AUGCAAGAUUCCUCAGAUGCUCGCAGUGUGCUUAGGGAUACGACCUACAUAUCAACAUCUGAGCUUCCAGUCAGAGGGUCAAAACUGUGGCUAAACACCAUGUCUGAUUCAAAAGGCAGAAAGACACCCUCAUCAAGCCCAUCAGUAUCAGUGCAUCCCAAACCAGAAGAUGCUAAGCUCCUGACUCCUGUGGGAUCAGACAAGAGAAUCAGGGUCUCAUCGAAUAAGUGUCAUGUGUGCAGCAAAGAGUUUAAAAGCGCCAGUUCACUUAAAACACAUCUCCUGAGCCACAGUGAGGACGUCCCUUGUGUUGGUGGGAUCUGUCAGAGAGCAUUUAAACAUCAUGAUGAGCUUAUUUGCCACACAAUGAUCCACCAGAGAAGUAAGACCUAUCAAUGCACUCAGCCUGGCUGCCACAAGACCUACACUGACAGAAACGCUCUAAAAAACCACUGUGCCUUUCGACAUGGCAUCCAACUCACGCCUCCUUCAAACAGCCUCAUGUCUAGCUAUGACCUGCCAGCCUCACCAUUGAAGCCAAAGGUCAUUAAAUCACCGUCAGGCUAUUGCAGCCUCUACAUCUCCAAACCAAAGCCUGUUUCAGCUCCGGUAUUAAAAGCUUCUGGAAAAGUUUUUAGUCCUUUUGAUAUGGGUGAGCUUAUGUUGGGAUGCCACGCAAAAGAAGCCCAACCGUUUCAGAAAAAAUGCCAAGAACGCCAACUUCAAGAAAGCUGCACUUUAGCGACUGCCAGGGAAUGUAACAAGGUUGAAGAAAGAGCCAAGAUACCAACCUCUACCCAAUCAGCUCUGGGCUGUCAUGCAGUUGCAAAAAAUCCUGUGGUUUUACUGAAAACUGGGUUGGAUUUCCCUGAAUCUCACUCUGAAAAAGGUAAAAAGAUGCUGCCAUUUCAAGCUAACAGAGAAGCGGCUAACUUCUAUACCAGGUCACCAGCUUCACUCUGUCCCAUUCUGCUGAAACCUCCAAACAAGCUAAAUCGUCAACACUCCUUUUCCAGUUUUAAUCCUUCCAUCCUGCCUGAAACGAAGAGUGGUUUUAAACGUAACCUUCCAGAUCCUGUUCUUCCUCCUUCUCCUGCAUCAUUGCCCAACAGCAGGAAGAGGAAGUCCAGCUCUACGGAUGUCCAGCCUGAUGUUACAAAUCCUAAGCCCACUCCACAAAAACAAUCGCGCUCUUCCAUUCUCGUCUCACCUAGUCAGGUGGCUCUUGCUUUCCCAGCCAAUGCAUUUUUGCAAAAGGAGUCUAUUUUGAAAUCAACCGGAGAAGAACCAAGCUCUGGCAUCAGAAAACAAAGAACUUCAUCUGUGCGUGAAGCUCAAUCAACAGCAUGCUCUCAAAAAGCUCUUUCCUCAGCUGGAGCAAAAGAGGACCACGAUUCACAGUCAUCCUCCUCAACACUGGAAAAAGGACAGAAAGAGGCUUCGAGGCAAAAGCAAAACACCAAAGAGACCCUGUCACCACUGAUCAUGCCAGUGUCAGUCCCAGUUUCUGCAACAAACUUUUUAGGCCCCCAAGCUUCCACACAUGAUGCUGAGAGGCCACAGACUCAUAAAGGUGCAUCUAAAAGGUGUCGGCGCUUUAACUUCUUGCACCGGCUGAUCAUUCCCAGUCCACCUCGUCCAUCUACUCCAGACAGCGCCAGUGAUCGGGAAACCCAGGUUCUGAGCCCCAAUUUUAAUCCUCAAACCUACACCCCUCAGCCCAUGUUGAGCCCCCUCUGUCCUGGGACUAGCCUGUACUCCAAAAGCCUCCCGCAGUAUCAGCCAUGCCCGUCAUCUUUACCCUGCACCACUGGUGUCUCCUUUCCAGUCAACAGCACAGGUGUCAGCGUACAACCACGGAUUAACAUUGGUUCACAGUUUCAAGCUGAAAUCCCUCCAGUGCGUGACUCAAUCUACCUGCUGUAUGAAGAACAUCCUGCUCAGCUCGUCUGGGCUCCUUGGAAAGAUCUCUCUACCAACAUAGAGACGCAGCAAAGGGUCACAGAGCUGAUAGAGCUGUGCUGUUCCAGUGUGUUACCAGGAGGAGGCACCAACAUUGAACUGGCUCUACAUUGCCUUCAUGAAGUACAAGGAAACAUAGCGGCAGCACUGGAUUUACUGCUAAUGAGAGGAGAUUUUCGGACCUCCUGGCACCCUCUGAGUGAUUACCACUACACAGGGUCAGAUCUUUGGACAGCUCAAGAGAUGAAGAUGUUCAAAAAAGCUCUGGCUGACUUUGACAAGGACUUCCGACAAAUUCAUAAUGUGAUGGAGCGAGAGAAGGGAGCGGUGAGUGAGAUGGAUGGGAUUGGGAAAGUUUACGAGCCGGGUCAAGGACUCAAACUCAGAAGCCCAUGA